AUGGGAGCUCGCGAGUUCAUUGGCCAUGACAGUCGGAACCUCAGUCGAGAUGUCCUUCAAGAAGAAGGGAAUGGCGAAGGAGAGCGAUCCAACACAUCUCGCAGGCUCGUGACGAAGGCGAAGCUCAUCAUCACCCCGCUGGAUUCCCAUCGACGCGAGGCUUUUGCGUCGUAUCCAUCCGGAACAAGCCCUCUCCCAACGGAAAGUAUUGACGAAUACAUUUCCAUACUUCGGAAGGAAGAGCUGUGUUUGAAAGUCACUCCCGAUGUCGAGCAUCCAGUGAUAUCAAUCCUUUUUCCGUUGUCGAUGCAAGACCCAGGUCUCUUCAAAUGUCUGCUUUUCGGAGCCCAGAGUCUCCAUGACUGGCGCCGUGAUCCCUUUCAUGUCAAUCGCUCCCGGGACAUGCUCAAAUUGCAGAACGAAGCCAUCCUUUCUCUGCGAGAACGCCUUUCGGCGCCGUCGGCGCACCUCGACGAUGGUGUCUUGAUUUCAAUUACUCAUCUGAUGAUUGCCGAUUCCAGUCGUAGGGAUCUGGCGUCACUGAAAUCUCAUCUCAAAGGGGCCAGGCAAAUUAUCUCGCUACGUGGUGGACUUGGAAAUACGCCUGCUCACCUCGCGAUUCGGGCCCUCUUGACGACGAUGGAGUUUUACAUUGCCCUCGGCCAAUACCUUCAGAUCAGUCCUGAUGACCCAACCGCCAUUCCCAAAAGCCACAUCGAAUACAUCCGACAUCCGUUCCCUCCCGACAUAUGCCGCGAAGUCGCUUCGCUUCCCGUCGGUCUUGCUGAAGCUGCUCUCUCCGGCCAUCUGAGUGUUCAAUGCAUCAAGCUCCUUGCUUCAGUUGCAUCAUGGGCACCCUUAGUUGACGGCCUCACUUCUUCUUCCCCGUCGUCAUCGUCAGCUGCCUCUCCUUUUGACCAAUCACAAGAUCUGAAACUCAGAUCUAGAUUACCCGUUGGCUUGGAACAUGUCAUUUGCUUAGGCUUGGCCAUCGCCGUCCGCCACCUGAGUGGAGAGAACCGCACCAACAUCUUCGACACUGCCUCACUCGCCGCAUUGACCAAGAGUGUCAAAGCUAUCGAGAGCCCCUCGGUGUCAGACUCCGAAGUCAUCGUCUGGCUUUCCCUGCUCAUCAGCUGGCGUAUACAAUCUGCGAAGCCUGUACCAAAGGCAGACGCUCUUUUGGAUUACGUGUUGGACUCAUUUCCCGUCUCGCGUUCCUGGAAGAAAGUGUCGGCAAUCUGUCGCAAAUUUUGGUGGUUCGACUGCUUUCAAGCGGAAUGGGAAAAGUGUUGGUCUCGCGGCAUGGCAAGACAGCAGCAGCGGUUAUCAAUGGAACAAUCUUCUACCACGAGCUCCAGACGACGAUCCUCGGUGGGCCAACCAGAUGGCAUCGCUGCUCUUCAGAGUUAUACUGCGCAUAUCGAGUCUGGGUGA